AUGACGUCUUUUGGAGGAAAAGAAAUUAAAGAAGGCAACUUCAUGCCCACUUUUAAAGUCCAAGGCCAAAUAUACCACCUUAUUGGAAGUUUACUUCCCCAAACAAGCAAUCCAAGCUUCCUUCAAAUAUACUUUAUCUCUGAAGCAGAUCAAAUAUCUUUGCGGCAAAACAUGGGUCCUAAUCUCAAACGGCAAAUCAUAGAAAUACUUCAAGAUCUCUUAAAUACUAAAAAUGUAUAUAUAUCAACUUUCAAGACUACUCUCGAACAUGCACCUCCAAAUUUGUCAGACUUAAAGAUUAUAAUUAAAGCAGAUCAUAAACCUGCAAACGAGCAUAGUGGUCGUUACAAUGCUCCAACAACUAACGAAAUUGCUGUUUUAAUGUUGGAUGAAGACAAAGGUCCUAGAGACAUUGUUCUGCAUGGGCGUGACGGACGUUUACAGCGUGUUUCGGAGCUCCAUCGUUCAUAUGAUCCGCUGCAAUACCCUUUAAUGUUUAUUUGCGGUGAAGACGGUUAUUGCAUAGGCAUUCCAACAAUUUUUCCUGCAACCGGUCAAAUCAAUUUAAAUAAAACUGUUUCGUGCAUGCAAUUUUACUCCUAUAGAUUUAUGGUGAGGGAUAAUGAAACAAAUUUUCUGCUUUUAUUUCGCAAGCUUUUCAGUCAGUUUGUUGUUGAUAUGGCCGCCAAAAUGAUAUCAGAGAGACUUAAUUUCAUAAGAACACAUCAGAAAACUCUAAGAGCUGAAAAUUAUAUUCACUUAAGAGAUGCUGUUAACAAUGACGCUAACGUCAACCCUCGGAAUUUAGGUCAACAAAUAAUUUUACCAUCUACUUUUACUGGAUCGCCAAGAUAUUUGCACGAAAAAAAUCAAGACGCAAUGACAUAUGUGAGAAAACAUGGCCGUCCAGAUCUCUUCAUCACGAUGACCUGCAAUCCAGAGUGGCAGGAUAUUAAAACUGAGCUUUUUUCGAGACAGAAAUCUGUUGAUAGACAUGACAUCGUUGCAAGAACAAAAUGCUACAUGUUGACCAUUGAAUGGCAAAAACGAGGUUUGCCACAUGCCCAUAUACUGAUUUGGCUUGCAAGUAAAAUUCAGCCUGAUGAGAUUGAUUCUAUUAUAAGAGCUGAGAUACCUAAUAAGGACGAGGAUCCAUUGUUAUACGAAAUUGUUUGCAAGCACAUGAUACAUGGACCCUGUGGUGACCUUAAUCCCCAAUCUCCAUGCAUGGCUGAUGGUAAAUGUACGAAACGGUACCCACGGUCGUUGAUACACAACACACAAACAGGUGAUGAUGGCUACCCACAAUACCGUCGACGUUCCUUGGAGAAAGGUGGUGAAGUUGCUGUCAUUGGUACAAAGGAAAUAAAUAAUAGUUGGGUUGUGCCAUAUUCUCCUAUUUUAAGUAGAUGUUUUUCAGCGCAUAUCAAUGUAGAAUAUUGCCACUCUGUAAAGGCUAUAAAAUAUUUAACAAAAUACAUAAACAAGGGAAGUGACCAAGCUACUUUUGCAAUAGAAGAUCCAAAGAAUGAGGUAGAAAAAUACUUAAAUGGUCGCUACUUAAGCACUUCAGAAGCGUUCUGGCGAAUAUUUAAAUUUCCUAUUCAUGACCACUAUCCUGCUGUGUAUCAUUUAGCUGUGCACUUAGAAAACGGCCAACAAGUUACCUUCAACGAUGCUAACUUUCAACAAAUAUCACAGAACCCACCUGCAACGACGCUAACAGAAUUUUUUAAACUUUGUAGGAAUGAUAAUUUUGCAAAAACUCUUUUAUAUUGCGAUGUACCCUCUUACUAUACCUGGAAAAACAAACAAUUUUACCGUCGUAAGCAAGGAAAAGUGGUUCCAGAAUAUCCAGGAAUAAAACGAGACGAUACUCUUGGCCGAGUAUACACAAUUCACCCCAAUUCCGGUGAAUGCUUUUUUUUGCGGAUUCUGCUUCACAAUGUUCGUGGUCCAGUAUCUUUUGAAAUGAUCAGAACUGUUAACGGCGAAAUCCAACCAACAUACCAAGCUGCGUGCAAAAAGUUGGGACUUCUCGAAGAUGAUGAACACUGGAAAUACGCUUUGGUUGAUGCCUCCGCAACACAGUCACCACGACAGAUAAGAGAUUUGUUUGCGAUCUUGCUUAUGUUCUGUCAGCCAACUGAACCAAAAAGUUUGUGGGAAGAAUUUAAAGAAAGUAUGUGUGAAGAUAUUUUAUAUCAAGCACGUUCUGAGCAAAGAAAUAACGAGCUCCUAUUUUCUGAUGACAUUUUCAAUCAAGGUUUAAUUUUGAUCGAAGAUAAACUUUUAAUGUUAAGUGAUAAGCGAAUUGAUGAGUAUGGACUUCCAAAACCAACAAGGAUUAACCAAAUGGACUUACAGCAUCACUAUACAAGAGAAAUCCAAUACGACAAACAAAAUCUACAUCAAUCAGAAGGUAAGAUUGUUCUUGCCGUCGCCUCUUCUGGGAUUGCAGCAACAUUGCUUAGUGGAGGCAGAACUGCUCACUCUACGUUCAAGCUGCCAAUUAACAUCAUUGCCCAUGAAGAAGCAACAUGCUCUAUUUCAAAAACCACUUCCAUUGCAAAAGUAUUCCAAAAAGCGGACCUUAUCAUUUGGGAUGAAUGUACGAUGAGUAAUCAAGCUCAUAUUGAGGCUGUGAAUAGACUCCUUAAAGAUUUAAGAUCAUCGUCAAGACUUAUGGGUGGAGUCACAAUGGUUUUUUCUGGGGAUUUUAGACAGAUAAUGCCAGUGAUUCCCAAGGGUACUCGAGCCGAUAUUAUCAAAUCUUGCGUUAAGUCGUCUUCUAUUUGGCGAUAUGUACAAAAACUUCAACUUAAAAUCAAUAUGAGAGUAGAGCUUACUAACAACACUGAUACUUCUGAGUUCGCGUCUCUACUUCUAAGAAUUGGUGAUGGAAAACAUACUUUCAUGGGUCCAAAUACAAUUGAAUUAAACGAAAGCUUCGGAAAAAUUGUGUAUAGCACAGAACAACUUAUUCAGUGUGUGUAUGGAGACCUGAACGCGUUAGAAUCAAGACCAUUUUCUUGGUUUUGCGAAAGAGCUAUCGUGUCACCAAAAAACUGUUCAGUGGAUGAAAUAAACAGAUACGUGCUUCAGAAUCUUAAAACGGAGUCGCAUAAAUACAAUGCAAUUGACACUGUGGUUGAUGAUAAUGAUAGUGUGCACUACCCUCAUGAGUUUUUAAAUUCACUCAACCCAGCAGGCCUGCCGCCAUAUCAACUUAAUUUAAAAAUUGGUACACCAAUUAUUCUAAUAAGAAAUCUCAAUCCUCCGAAUCUGUGCAAUGGCACACGACUCCAAAUCAAAAAGCUAUUAAAAAAUAUAAUACAAGUCCAAAUUCUUACCGGACCCGCAGUAGGAAAAUAUGCCCUGAUUCCCCGGAUACCAAUGAUACCAACAGAUCUCCCUUUUCAAUUUAAACGUGUGCAAUUUCCCAUUAAACCAUGCUUUUGUAUGACAAUUAACAAGGCUCAGGGUCAAUCGUUUAAAUUUAUUGGAGUCGACCUUAGGGAAAAUGUCUUCUCUCAUGCAGAGGAAUCCACUUCCGAUAAAGUAGCCAAUCUUCUUCGUUUUGAUCUUUUACUACUCUCUGCAAAAUCUUUGAAAGGUCGCCCUGAAGUUGAAGGUUUCCCCGCAGAAGUUGAAGGUCGCCCCGCAGAGGUUGAAGGUCGCCCCGCAGAAGUUGAAGGUCGCCCCGCAGAAGUUGAAUAG